UAAUAAUAAUUAAUAUUAUAUUAAAGCGCACGAGAUUUUUUAUAUGGUCUACAGUAUAUGGAGAUAUAAUUUGUGCUGUGACUUGUGACUAAAAAUUUGUAAUAACCAUUAGUAUUUGAUUAUAGGAUGUUAAAUGGACACAAUAUUCCAAUUAUCAAUGCAAACAUGAAAGAAGAACUUAAUUUUGGAGAGCUUUUAGAAUCGUGUUUGUGGCUAGAAAUAACAGGUUUGAAGGUUCAGAUUAAGGAUAGAUGAUAUAAAUAAUCGCUUUUCCAGAAUAAUAACAAAUAUAGUGAUUAGCUGUUUUCUGACUUUGUCAACAACAGCAAUGUCCGACAACCCCUUAAUGCAUCACAAGUAAUUGAGUCUAAGCGCCUCCUAGGGUGGAUCCAGAAAACAGUCCCUGCCCAGAUCCAUGCUGUGAAAGCCACGCGCGUUACAGUAUUUAUACAGUAACGCGUAGUAUAUACAGCACAUAGUGUUGAUGAGCUGUAAAAUCGCACCUUAUGAUAAUAAUAAUAUUAACUUCUGGCUUCUGAUUUGUAAUCGCGAAGGAUAAUGAUGGUGUUGCUGCUGUUGGGAGCCCUUGUUUCUGUGGGCCUCUCCGAAUUUGUAGAAAAGAAGUAUGGGGCGACAUGGAUCGUGGAUUUGCCCAUAGAAACGUAUUCCAUUGAAUAUGGGGACUUGGGGUCAAGAGUCUUGUGGAAACGUGACGACCCUUCAUACUCUCAGGACAGCAGGCUGCAGGUGACACCUACCUCUUUCACCAUUAGACAGGUGACACAGAGAGACAGUGGCCUCUAUGUGAUGAAACACAAAUAUAAUUUUGAGCUGAAGAGGAGGACGCUAACGGUGAAAGAAAAUGAAGAGUCCUACAACUUGGUUUCAGGUGAAGAACUCAGGUUCUCCUUUGAUUUGGAGCCAAACGUCUGCAACAUUUACUUCAUCCCAAAAACUAAGUUUGUCGACAAAAGCCUAGAGACUGUAAUAGUUCGUCAAGGAAAGCUGCAGACGGGUUUGGAGGAGUUGAACUGUUCUGGGUUUGAGCUGCUGAGGCCGUGUGGGAUUUUAAUGAGGGACCCACAGACGUCAUGCGAGGGAUACUUUGAGAUCAGAGACGGCCGCAGUGACAAGGCGUUAGUCGUGAAGCUGAAAGCGAUUGGAACACAUAAAGACCCUCUCUACACAGCCAUUGCUGUUACUGUUGGCGUUGUUGCACUUAUCGGCUGCUGCUGCGUGAAGUGCUGCAAAUGCUUGGGAUCUUCUGAUGAGAACGCCUCUGAACCAGCUGUGACUCUUCAGGGGUAUAGCUAUGAGCCUGCUGCACCAGGGCAGCCCAGUCAGCCUUUGAUGCCACCGUACCCAGUGCCUGCUUAUACUCACAGCAACCCGCUGGUACAGAACCCACCGGCCGUGAACGCUGCUAAUGCUGAGGUUCCAGCUCCGGCUGAUGAUGCGACUGUCCUCAGCCCCAGUGACGAGCCGCGGUUCGAGCUAAAGGGGAUGCGCUUCCCCUUGUCGCUUCCUCUCAGUUCAGACUCAGCUUACCAAGAUGUUUAUACCUCAGACAAACUCAACUUCAAAUGAAAGCCUUCAUUCACAAGGGUCUAUCCUGAAGUAUGUUACUGUGACACUGAAUAUAUAAAUAGGAGAUAUUCCUAUUUAUCAUUAGCUGCCUAGUUAUUACAAAUAAUGUGCAUUUUUAUAGGACCUAUGUAAAAAGGUGCUUCCACUCAUUUCUCAUUUUUAUUAUGGGUGACACCAACCUAAGAGCCUGUCAAUGUGCUAAGCAGGGCAUUGGACUUGUACACAACGUCCACAGGGUCCGAUGUGGAUGUGAUGUACAGUCACAGUUUCAGUGAAUCCUUCCUUCCAUUCCUGCAGGGAAGAUACAAAACGUAGCCUCAUGAUUAAUGUAUGAAUGUGUGUAGUUGAGACAAGACAGGUCAACUUACAGUAGUCAUAACUACAUUAGACACAUGUCACACGUGCACGUGUGUUUUUAUUGGCGCUGAUUGUUAAAACAUGAGAACCACUACCUGCCUUAUGCAGCUUUCAACAGGAAGCGGCAUCACUGAAUCUUAUCACAUGUUCACUUGAAACACGUCUAAAGCUUUAAAAUUAUGCAAUAGACUUGUUGAUGUUGCCUAUUUUGCCUGAAUGCAUGUUAAUGUCUGUUACUGCACACACAUCUGUGUUUAUAUACAUAUAACUCUUGUCUUUGGGAGCCACAAUUCGUAUUUGUAUGUUUUCAUAAAUGCAUGUUAAUGUCUGUUACUGCACAUACACCUGUGGUUAUAUACAUAUAACUCUUCUCUUUGGGAGCCACACUUCGUAUUUGUAUGUUUUCAUAAAUCUAUGUUGUAUCAUGUGCAUUAAAGCUGUUAACACUACUGCGAGCAGCAGCUCAUCAGAAAAUAAAUUCCUCUGGUUCCCAGAGAAAACUUAACUGAG